AUGAGAGAACUUGACUCUCUCAUCGGCGAAUAUCGCCAUGAAAAGAAACGCCCCCGUGAAUCAGAGGCCCUCUUCAUCCUCCGCAAAGUUGCCUCGGUCGUCAAGCCUAUCAUGCGCCAGCGCUCCUGGCGAGUUGGCGCCCUCUGCGAGUUCUACCCGGGACAGAAAAACCUUCUAGGGCUGAAUGUCAACUCGGGCCAGAAAAUAUGUCUAAGACUACGAUAUCCCUCGGAUCAGAAGCAAUUUCUUCCUUUCGAGCAGGUUGUCGAUACUAUGCUGCAUGAACUGUGCCAUAUUGUCCACGGGCCUCAUCACCGCGAGUUUCAUGCACUGUGGAAUCAGUUGCGGGAUGAGCACGAGGAGCUUGUCAUCAAGGGAUACACAGGCGAAGGUUUCCUCUCUCAAGGCAAACGCCUUGGCGGGACUCGAAUGCCACCUGACGAGGCCCGCCGACAAGCCCGUGCUGCUGCUGAGCAACGAAGGAUCCUCAAUAAAAACUCCGGGAAGCGUCUUGGAGGCGCCCCCGUGCUUCGAGGAACAGACAUCCGCAAACUGAGAGCAGAUGCCGCGCAGCGUCGUGUGGAGGUGACAAAUGGGUGUGCCUCGGGAACGGACAGAAGCACCGAGCUUGCCGAGGAAGCAUCACGGAAUGGCUUCAGGACCAAAGCUGAAGAAGAUGAUGCGAAUGAAGAGGCGAUCCUUCAGGCCUUCAUUGAGUUGAUUCAGGAGGAGGAACGUGAGAAGUAUGGAUCGUCAUAUAUCCCCCCCAAGCCAGGAGAACCCAGCUGGACCUCGCUCAGGCGAAUCAUCUGUUCCAGAAGUCUCCCAGGAUACGGCACAAGCUGGUACUUCAAAAGCAGCUGCACCGAGUACACCCCAGGGAUAUCGUCAGGACACACGCCAGAAGUAUUGGACCUCACAGCAGACAAUAGUUCAUAUGAGGCCCCUUGGACGUGUCCAACAUGUACGCUGGAGAACCCGUCCAGUUUUCUCUGCUGCGACGCAUGUGCCUCAGAAAGACCAACGCCGAAAGAGAAACAGCCUACCACACACCCGGAACCCAGACGUUCCGAGCAACCUACUUCGAAAAAGCGUCCGCUUCAGAUACAAGAGGACGAGCUGCCCGCGCGGGAUACAUUCGCAUUCAAGAACCGAAACCGAGCCCGAGACACCCUUGCUUCUAUGGAUCGCGAUACGAGCAAACGGCCUCUGGGAUGGCUUUGCGAGAAAUGUGGUAGUUUUAUGGAGAGUCAGUGGUGGACGUGCUCGGCUUGUGGGAAAAUGAAACCUUCCUCUUGA